AUGAGCGCGGACUCCGUGGAACAGCAGGACGAAGGGCUCGCGCUGCUCAGUAUCUUUGAUCCAGAAGAGUUUGUCCGGAAUGAGCCGAAGUCUUCCGGAGAGUUCCGACUGAGAGCUGAGCUGCCUGCGCACUUCACCGUCAGCUUCAAACAAGGUGAGAGACUAAGUCAGUAUGAAGUCCUGUCUCUUCCCCCACUGUGCCUGAGCUUUGAGCUGCCUGAGGAUUAUCCAUCAUGCUCUGCUCCCUCAUUCACUCUGCGCUGCUCCUGGCUCACUCCAAUGCAGCUAUCUUCGCUUGGGGAACAACUGGCCCAGCUGUACCAGUCCACACGCGGCGAGGUGGUGCUUUUCUCGUGGGCCCAGUUCCUCAAAUAUGAAUCACUCGGCUUUCUGGGCAUCUCCGACUCGCUGGACAUCAACCAAUCCACUUCUCACUUGGACACAUCGGCUAAUGCGAACAGCAACGAAGGGGCCUCAAGUGUUGCCGUAUUGGAUGACAAUAUUUGUCUUUCGCUCUCACCAGGACAAGCGCUCCUGUCCUGUUUGCUGGUUCACGACGCUGAGCAGAGGGAGAGGGCUUUUUCCAGAGAGCAGUUUGCGUGCGGAGUAUGUUUCGAGAGCUGGUUGGGGUCAAAGUGCCAGCAGGUGGCCGGUUGUGGGCACAUCUUCUGCCGCAGCUGCCUGGCCGAGUUCUGCAAGGUUCAGAUUGAGAGCGGCAACGUGAGAGAGGUGACGUGUGUGCAGGCGGAAUGCAAGUCCACCCUCACACCGGCCCAGGUGCGGACUCUUGUUGGCGAAGAGCUGUUCAGCCGCUACGAUCGCCUCCUGCUUCAGUACACUCUCGACUCAAUGCCUGAUGUGGUAUACUGUCCUCGUCCCUCCUGUGCCUCUGCUGUCCUCUCCUCUGGCUCCAUGGCUCAGUGCUCCGCCUGCAGCUUGGCCUUCUGUCUGCUCUGUCAGAGGACGUACCACGGCACCGGAGCCUGCCCCACCGCAGUCCAGAGACCGAGACCAACGGUGGUCCAGGACGGAGAUCUCGCAGAGAUCCCAGAUACUCUGGAGGGUAGGAGGGCCCUUUGGGAAGAUUACUCCAGCGCCAGUAAACCUCGGCGGAACCUCCUGGAGGAGAGGUACGGCCGUGAGACCAUGGUGGGGUUUCUCUCCAGCUGUUUGUCUCUGGACUGGAUUGACGUCAACAGCAAGAACUGCCCCCACUGCUUCAUCCGCAUCCAGAAAGACGGCGGCUGUAAUCACAUGACCUGCUCUCGCUGUCGAAGGCAUUUCUGCUGGAAGUGUCUGACCUUGUCUCCUGCUCCUGACCAUUUCAGAGAAACAUGCCCCUUAUACCUCUAUCCAUAG